AUUUGAUUACUGGGAUAAUUGUGUGAUGUUUGUUAGGGGGCGUGGUACUGUGCCGGUUCCGUUUGCUAUGUGACAAAGGAGCACACCGAUGAUUGGAUAUACGAAUCCGAGAUCUGCCAGUGAUCUAUCUAUCUCGUGCCCGGCUCUAAACUUUGUACUGUCUAUAUUCCAAAAGGAACGAGCAAGAAUCCGAACUCCGAUACAUAUUAUGAAGAAUGGUGAAGAAAAUGUGCUUUUUUUAUUACAGGCGGUGCAUCAGAUAUGGUAGUAAAACAGCUAUCGGCCGAGGAUCCAGCAUCAUUGCCAAUGAACGGGCCUGUUCUGGGGGGGUUAAAUCCACCGCAUGCUGAUAUCAUGGAUGGCAAAUGGACUAGCCUACCACAUUGUUCCACUGCGUCAUCAACACAAGUUCCGACAGCAAUUUCGUUUACAGAGUGUGUACUACUGCUAUCUAAGUGCCAGCCUCAUAACUUCCAUGUAAAUCUAGUCCCACCAUCUGUAAAUCUUGAUCCAUUGGAAGUAAUUGGUCCUAUUCAGCUCCAAUAUUGCCACCACCGCUGCCACCCACAUUUUGUCACUGAUCGCGGUCGUCCAGUCGAUCGAUGAGAUGCGCCCGUGAAUCAUAUCAGCCCAAAGUAGCAG